AUGUUUUUGCAUAUAAAAGUGUAUAUAGUUGGAUUUAUAUAUUUUCUGGGAAUUUUGUUCAUGUUUUUAUUUCCACCACGAAACUUCGAACAAUCGGGUACUAAAAUGAGAAGGAUUAGAAGUAUCGGUAAUAAAUUGAAAUAUGAGGGGUAUAUUGAUUACGAGACUAUGCUGAAUGUAGUGCAACACAUGGCCAUGGAAGACCCUGAAAUGGUAGAAGUGGUGCAUUUGACUCCACACACUGCUGCCAAUAAUAGUCUUAUAGCUAUUGAAUUGCACAGUGACACGCUCAGCAAGAAACCUGGAAUACUCAUAAUUGGAACAAUAAAUGGAAUGGUGUGGGCUGGAUCAAAUAGUAUACUUGAAUUAGCUGACAAACUUAUUUAUGACACAACGUUCCAAACACCGUUUUUUAACGAUUAUGACUGGUAUUUAAUUCCGAUAGCGAACCCAGACGGACUUAAUUUUACGACGAGUCUUCGUGAUUAUACGUCAAUAGACGCUAUAGAGUGGUCACGCAACAUCUCCGUUAGAACUAAAACGAAACCAGCCGAAUGGCAUAAGAAUGUUGACAAGGAAUCAGGAGAGCAACUAUGCUUCGGAACUAACAUUAAUCGUAACUUUGCAUAUCACUGGCAAGAUGACGUACGCAAAACACCGAUUCGUUGCUCGCAAUACUACCCGGGUAUAAAGCCCUUCUCUACGGCAGAAGCACAGGCGAUACGGGAAUACGUGCACAAGCUUGCCGACAUAUUGCAUCUAGCCAUACAUUUGCAUGCCAGUUUCGUACCUAAAAAAGAAUUUAUUUUGUACCCUUGGCGAUACACUUUACGUCAGCCAAGUAAUUAUCAUACGUUACAAGAAAUCGGAGAAUACGCAGCAAGACACGCAAGACUCCCCGAUGGCAGGCUUUAUGAGGUUCAUCAAGGCAGCAGUGACGAGCGCGUCGCUGGUUCUUUGAGCGAUUAUAUCUCGGGAGUCGUUGGAACCGACUUGGUUUUUGUCGUUAAACCUUAUCAUGAAGUAUUUCCUAACUAUACAGACUCUACUAUAAUGGAAACCUACGUCCAGAAAUCGAUAUCAGUAAUACUCAGUUUAGUCAGAGGUUGGAGAAGUAGCACUAAACAAAAUACACUGUCAUUUUUUGGUAAAGAUAUUGAGUUUUGAGAUAAACAAUUUUAUUGGUUAUUCAUAUAAUAAUGUAUUUUUAUUUACAAUUGUUAAAAACUAUUUACAUAAUCUUUAUGCGGACAAAUAAAAAUACACUUUUUACGCUAUUUUAUGUAUAAUAACAAUUUUACGCCUU